AUGAAAUACUACUUGAUCGCCGAGUUGGCAGAUUCUUCUCUAAACGCAUUAGGUCUAUCUUCCGAGCACACAGAGUCCCGAAUGUUCGGUGAAUCUGACUCGGAGAGCCCACGAGUGCCCUCCCCAUGGGACACACUCACUUCCUUACCUCCAACACCAACACGCAACGAAAUCCUUCGACGAGGAAUACCGCAACUAGUUCCGGAAAGCGAAGAGGGUAAUGUAGAGUACAAGCUUCAUCUCCUUUCUCCUUCCCCCUCUCGUUUCACCCAUCUUGUCACACAACUUAAAUGGCGUCUUCUGGAAGGCGGUGGACAAGCAUACUACGAGCUUGGUGUGGCUGACUCCGGCGUACUAAUAGGGCUGGGGAGGCGGGAGAUGGAGGAAACAUUGGGUACCCUGGAAGAGAUGGCUGGCGAGAUUGGCGCCAGUGUUAUAGUGGUGAAGGAGAUUGAGGUGCCAGCGGAGGUGAGCGGAGUCAUUGAAGACUGGGGCGGGGAUGGAGGCAAACGAAGGAGACGUAGGCAAUUGAUGAACGAGGACUCAGAGACGACAACGACUACGGAGACCGAACUGGAGACUGCUGAUGCGGACGAUGAUCUUGCAACAACAAGCAGCCAUUUGGAAGUGUUCUGCAUGGACGAUGAGAAAGGUGACUCGUCAUCAGACGGCGCGGCACUUACGCUGGACCUCGAAAUUGCGACCGUGUAUAAACCUCGCCCAUUCCGCCGCCGUGUUGCGAGCACCAUUAAACAAUCCAAGCGCCGCGCAGCAAGAGACAAGCGACGUGAGGCCAAGCGUGAUCCUCAUCUCAUGCACGUUCCAACCAUUAAUACCGAGGAAAGGGGCGAGCUUGUCUCAGGCCUGGAAUACUUUCACGUCACACUUGAGCCUGAAGACUUGCGCGUGGCGUCCGCGCCCCCCGAAAUCGAGACCUCAGUGCAUGAUGAUGCACACCUCGAAGGUAGCCUCAAUUCCCUUGUCUACGUUCCAGCGGUUGACUUUAUUGUCUCCAAAACAGACCCCCGAGAUGUCGAAGUAUGCUCUGGGUCACCCUCUUCUAUUUUUGCGGAAACGUAUUGUCACCAGUCCGUUACAGACAAGUUGGCCUCCCCACCUGAGAUCAUGUUGACUUCGUCCAAAUCUCCUACUGCUGAGAUCGAGGCGGCAAUGUUAGAACCUCGGCUGAUCGUCGAAGCGCUUGUUGUUCGAAAAAUGUCACUGGAGGAGGCGUUUUUGGAUUUUGGAGGAUUCUCAGUGUGUUGA